UUUUUUUUUAUUAUUAUUAUUAACUUUUUCUAUACAUUACUAUCGUUGACCAAUGUCACAAAAUAAUCCUUUUGAAAAUACCAGUACUACACAAAAUCCAUGGUCUAAUGAACCUACUUCAACUACUCCAACUGGUGGACCUAGGUUUGGUAAUGCUUAUGAAGAUAGUGGUUGGAGUGGACGUAUGCCUUCUCCUUCUGAUUACCGUCAUCAAACCCGAACGGAAAGCAACAAGAUAGAAUAUUCUUCUGAGGAUCAACAACAAGCCAAUGUUAAUGCUUAUGAAUUUUCCGGUACUCGAUUUGGAAAUCAAGAACAACAUCUUGGCAAUGCUUAUAGUCCUGUCAGUACACCUACUAUUACACCAGCAACUCCACCUCGUCGUCCUGAUACUACUGAAACCACUUCAAACAAACCCGAUGCUUCUAGUGCUUUACCUCCUGUAUGGGAUGAACGACGUAUGCAUCCUAGUAAAUGGCGACUUUUAUCGAGGUUUAUUCUGUUUAUUGCUGCUAUUGGACAUUUAGGUUUUGCUGCUGGUGCCUCUCCGAAAUCUGGUCAACCUGUUCCUUUUGAUAGUGCUGCUUGUUUCUAUUAUUUGUUUGCUGUGGCCAUUCUUACAAUUAUUUGGACAGUAUUUCAUAUGGGUUAUUACUUAUUCCGUCGAUUUGCCAAGUAUACCAAAAUGAAACGACCUUUAAUGCUUGGAAUUGAUUUACUAUUAGCCAUUUUAUGGGGUAUUGGAGUGAUUGUUGAAGUGGCUAAAUAUCAUUGCUCUCCUGGUGGUUAUGAUGGAUGGUGUGAUUUUUAUAAUGUUAGUAUCUUUUUUGGUUUUGUAUGCUUUGCUGGAUUUAUUGGUGAAGUUGCAUGGGAUAGUGUAGGUGGAUGUAUUACUCACAAACGUUAGUUUGAAUUAGUUUUUUUUUUUACAUUUUAUUUUAUUUUACAUAUUCAUAUUACUUACUAUUAAUAUACGCUCUGGCGCUCCGCUGGAGAUUUUCGAAAUCG